CUUUGCUGAGCAGCAAGUCUCACAGAUGUUCCAUCUAUGCACAAGUAUCAUCUACGCACUGCAGCUUGACUACUGAGGUUCUGGUGAUCUUGGUUCAGGAGUACAAUGCUGGGACUUUCUGCAGCUGGAGGAAGUUUUUUUGCAAAUGAGGUGCAGCAAGAGAGAUUGAGAAAGUUGUUGGGGCAAUGAGUCAGCCUUGCUUGUGUCUCUGGCCAUCACUGGAAUUGGUUCUGCUGUGGAUCUGUUGGUUAAUGUCACUGCUUGUCCGCCUUCAUAGAGUAAAGGGUUUAGUAUGGCUACAGGAGGAGAGAUGAAUGGCUCAGGGAAUUUAAUGGACUUCCUGGAUGAAUCAAUCCCAGAGGUUGGAAUGUAUGAAGACUUCCAUACGAUAGACUGGUUGAGAGAAAAGUCCCGGGACACAGACAGACACAGAAAGAUCACAAGCAGAAGUAAGGAAUCGAUCUUGGAAUGUAUCAAGGGCUUGUUGGACGCGUGGUCAGGAUGGGUGGUGAUGCUACUUAUUGGACUCCUGGCAGGAACACUAGCUGGAGUGAUUGACCUAGCUGUCGACUGGAUGACAGACCUGAAGGAGGGGGUGUGCCUAGCUGGAUUUUGGUUCAGUCACGAGCAGUGCUGUUGGACUUCCAACGAGACCACCUUUGAGGACAGAGACAAGUGCCCUCAGUGGAAGUCAUGGUCAGAGCUUUUGGCCAACCGAUCUGAAGGUGCCAGUGCGUACAUUCUGAACUACCUCUUAUACAUAUUGUGGGCUUUGACUUUCGCUUUUCUGGGAGUCUCACUGGUCAAGGUGUUUGCUCCCUAUGCUUGUGGCUCUGGAAUUCCCGAGAUUAAAACCAUCCUCAGUGGCUUCAUUAUCAGGGGCUAUCUGGGCAAGUGGACUCUCCUGAUUAAAACGGUGACCCUGGUGUUGGCCGUAUCCUCUGGCCUCAGCCUAGGAAAGGAAGGGCCUCUGGUGCACGUGGCCUGUUGUUGUGGCAACCUUUUCUGCUGCUUGUUUUCAAAAUACAGUAAGAAUGAAGGGAAGAGGAGAGAGGUGCUGUCGGCUGCAGCUGCUGCAGGGGUCUCUGUUGCCUUUGGUGCCCCCAUCGGAGGUGUGCUUUUCAGUCUGGAAGAGGUCAGUUACUACUUCCCACUGAAGACCCUCUGGAGAUCAUUCUUCGCUGCGCUGGUGGCCGCUUUCACUCUCCGUUCGAUCAACCCGUUUGGGAACAGCAGGCUGGUGCUGUUCUACGUGGAGUAUCACACGCCCUGGUACAUGGCCGAGCUGGUGCCCUUCAUCCUGCUGGGAGUGUUUGGGGGGCUGUGGGGGACUCUGUUCAUACGAGGAAAUAUCGCCUGGUGCAGGAAGCGCAAGACCACAAACCUGGGCAGAUACCCAGUGCUCGAGGUGAUAGCCGUCACUGCCAUCACCGCCAUCUUUGCCUUUCCCAACCCGUACACGCGACGAAGCACCAGCGAGCUCAUCUCUGAACUUUUCAAUGACUGCGGGGCACUUGAAUCUUCGCAGCUCUGCGACUACAUCAAUGACCCGAACAUGACCCGGCCUGUGGACGAUAUCCCUGACCGCCCCGCGGGACCUGGUGUCUACGCGGCUCUGUGGCAGCUGGCUCUUGCUCUCAUUUUCAAAAUCAUCAUCACCAUCUUUACGUUUGGGAUGAAGAUGCCAUCAGGACUGUUUAUACCAAGUAUGGCUGUUGGAGCAAUAGCUGGUAGAAUGGUUGGCAUUGGUGUGGAGCAGAUGGCCUAUCACCACCACGACUGGUUCAUCUUCAGGAGCUGGUGCAGGCCAGGAGCUGACUGUGUCACACCCGGGCUGUACGCCAUGGUUGGGGCCGCCGCGUGUCUGGGUGGAGUGACUCGGAUGACGGUGUCUCUGGUCGUGAUCAUGUUCGAGCUCACCGGAGGCUUGGAGUACAUUGUACCAUUGAUGGCUGCAGCAGUGACCAGCAAGUGGGUCGCAGAUGCCUUUGGGAAAGUGGGAAUCUAUGAGGCACACAUACACCUGAACGGCUACCCCUUCCUGGACUCUAAGGAUGAGUUCAGGCACAGGACGCUGGCAACUGAUGUCAUGAGGCCAAGACGCACCGAGCCUCCGCUGUCGGUCCUGACACAAGGCAGCAUGACCGUGGAGGAUGUGGAGACUCUCAUCAAGGACACGGACUACAAUGGGUUCCCAGUUGUCGUCAGUAAGGAGUCGGAGCGGCUCAUUGGCUUUGUCCAGCGGAGAGAUCUCAUUCUCGCAAUAAAAAACGCAAGAAAAAUUCAAGACGGUGUAGUCAGCAACUCCAUUGUAUACUUUAUGGAAGAGCCUCCUUCGUUGCCAGGCAAUUGCCCCUGCCCUCUCAAACUGCGGAGGAUUCUCAACCUCAGCCCAUUCACAGUAACCGACCACACGCCCAUGGAGACAGUGGUGGAUAUCUUCCGUAAACUCGGUCUGCGACAGUGUCUCGUCACUCGUAGUGGACGUCUCCUGGGCAUCUUAACAAAAAAGGAUGUACUAAGGCACAUGGCCCAAAUGGCAAAUCAGGACCCUGAAUCAAUCAUGUUCAACUGACCUACCCCAUCCUCCCCCUUACUGUCCAACCUUGCUGAGUUGUGGUUUAAGAAGGGAAUAAACAAUGGGUGUGGCUGAAGUCUCAGGGCAUGGUGACCUUUAAGUGAAUUGAAUACUGAUCAUUGGGUAAACAACAGCAGCUUGCUCAUGAGAUGGACAACUGGCCCUGCGCUGGGUCAGAGAAGAGGACCGGCCUAUGGUGAGCACCAGCCCAGUAUCACUUUCAGAAGAAGAGGAGAAGCUGAAGUCCCAGGUCUUAUGGAAAGCCUGGCAGUGUGUUCAAAGAUGCAUCUUAUAUUAACCUCUCAACUCACUAACUUUACCUAAGAGGUUUGUUCAACUGGAGUAACAUGAUAGAGAUUUAUAAAUACAUUGCAUUUGAAUAUUGGUCUCUGAUGUAGCUCAGUACGAGACCUCAGCUUCCCUUGUUUGAAUUUAUGGCAAGUAGCAAGAAAUUCGUGCUGAAGACUUAAGAUUUGUUUCCCAAAUCACCCAUUUAGCUCACAAAUCUGAUGAAGUUUACUGAAACAUAAAGCUGAUUUGACUCCAAGCGAAUUUACAGCAAGCCUCCACUGACCUUGUUUAAUCCUGCAUUGUCAAUAUAUCCUCAUGUCCGUACCUAGCUUCCUCUUAAUUGAAUCAAUACAGUUCAUUUCCAACAAGUUUGUGUUAACUAUUACAUGUUCAGUCUAUGCAAUUACUGUUUUGAUAUUUAAUCCCUGAUAUCAUCUUGGUGAACCUCUACUGCAAUCACCCCCAGGUUAACCUCUCCUUCUUGAGGUGUUGUGCCUGAACUGAGGCAUCAACCCAACUGGGCUCUAACCAGAAUCUAUAUGACCGUAUGAAUCAUCAUUUCCAUCCUUUAGUAUCCCAGCUCCCUUUAACAUAUUCAUUUCACCUAGUUGCAUAAAUCCAGACAAUUGCACACUCUUCCACUUGUUCAGAUGGUGGCUUGCUGUUUCCCUGCUAUUUUGUCCAGCUAGACUAAUCUCUCCCAGCAGAUAAGCAGUAUUUGUUUGAGUGGGUCAACAGAUUUCUCAGCACUGUCACCCUCUAGCCCUGUAAUUCUUUUAAGAUAUUGAUAGAUAUCUGUUCCUCCAGUACUAGCCUCUUCCAUACCUGAUUUUACCCCCCUCCAUCCUCCCCUUCCCCUCCGCCAUCCUCCCCUCAUGUACAUUGAUAAAAAAUGCUUUUAGUUUUUGUCCUCAUGUGGUUUUGUGCCCAAUGAUACUACAGCUUACUCUGUUAAUGGCAUGAUAUGAGUGUGUUAUAGUUUUGGCUGUUGGGAUGGGUAAAAACCAAUGAAAAUGAGUAUGUCAAUGUCAAAUAUUAAUUUACCCUGCCAAUCGUCAAAAAUUGAUCUUCUGUUUCACUUGACCAAUUCAGAAAUUGUUCCUUGUGAAUAAGUAGGGGCACUAGAUUGCUGAGGUUUAUAUUGUGAUGCUGCAUGUUCUGCCAUUAACCAGAAAAGUAUUUUCAUUUAUUAAAUUGAUAAAUUGGUUUAUUGUUCUUACAUGUACCAACGUUGAGUGAAAACAUUAUCUUACAUCCCACCCAUACAGAUCAAUUUUUAACAAUGUUGUAUGGAGAUGGUUCCAGGUAAAACAAUAGCAGAGUGCAGAAAAGAUGCAGUAUCGGUGGACAGAGAGAUGCAAGUUCAUAACAAGGUAGAUUGUGAGGCCAAGAGUCCAUUUUAUCAUCUGUAAGGACCUUGGACCCUAUCCAGUGGUGAGUAGUUUUCCAGAAUGCAAUGCUUAAGGGUUCGUUCAUUUGUUAUGCGCCGUGUCAUAUGAUGUAGGCGAUCAUGGUCUUUCCAUGACCAUGAUUGUCCUUGGCAAAUUUUUCCACAAAAAUGAUUUGACAUUACCUUCUCUGGGCAGUGUCUUUACAAGACGAGUGACCCCAGCCAUUAUCAGUAAUCUUCAGAGAUUGUCUGCCUGGCUUCAGUGGUUGUAUAAUCAAGGCGUGAUAUGAAUCAGCUGCUCAUAUGACCACCCACCACCCGAUCUCAUGGUUUCACCCGACCCUCAUCAGGAGGCUAAGCAGGUGCUACACCUUGCCCAAGGGUGAUCUGCAGGCUCUCAGAGGGAAAGAGUGCCUUACAGCACCUUUGGUAGAGAUGUGUCUCGACCCCACCACCCAAGUCUAGAAGGUAACAACUACUAUUUAUACUUCCAAAUACAUUACUGAGAAAAUGUGUGAAAUUGAACAAGAAUGUGGUCUGUAUGCUUGCCUUGUGAAAUUUCUUCCAUCACUACUGUGAAGAUCAAUGAACAUGAAUUAACAUGUUUAAAUUAUGAACAACGUUGGGCUAAGUUAUAGAGUUUGCAAAUUAGACAUUUACUUUCUCUUGUUUUUGAAAAAUGUACUUUAACUGCUUAAAGUAAAGGGGCGGCAUGGUAGCGUAGUGGUUAGCACAACUCUUUACAGUACAAGCAACACAGGUUCAAUUCCCACCACUGCCUCUAGGGAGUUGGUAUGUUCUCCCUGUGACUGAGUGGGUUUCCUUCGGCUGCUCCGUUUCCCCCCUACAAUCCAAAGGCAUACCUGGUUGAUAGGUUAAUUGGUCAUUGUAAAUUGUCCCUGAUUAGGCUAGGAUUAAAUUGGAGGAUUGUUAGUGAUGUUUCUUCUGAGGGAAAACAGUCAUCCCAAAGAAAAUCAAAGUUCUUAUUGAAAGGGUUUUGCUAGCUGUUAAAAUGAAUACCUCUAUGUAUAAAAUGUUGUUGUCACUGGGCAAAAAAUUGCACAGCACGAGAUUUCUGCGCACACUGGUCAUUACAAACCAGAGGGAACAUUGAUUGCUGGGUGGUGUGGUUUGAAGGGCUGGAAGGGCCUAUUCCGCGCUGUAAUUCAAUAAAUAAGUACUUCCGUUAAAGUAGCAGGGAAAAGAAUCUAAAGCAGACAUGCCUUCAUUAUUACGUGUUGUACACUAACCAAUUACAGCCUCCCCUAUUGUUAGGCAGGAUAUGUAUGUUAUGGUUCAAAAGAAUUUACUAGUUAAAUAUAUAUGGAUUUAUUUUAUCAACAUGGAUGCUUAACUGAGAUGAGGUUAGGGUCUACAGUGCUCUGGUUUUGCACAUAAAAUGCUAAGAUCAAUAAACUGUCUGCCAUAGACAUAGAAUCUUUAAAACCUCAAGACCCCAUGUUCAGAUUAAGGCAAGACCUAAUAGCCCAGACUAAACAGAUGACAAUUGACAGAGAUCAGGGUUAAUAGAGGGCCAGUCCAAAGGAGAUUGUCACCUGUGGUUCUCAGGAAGACUCUUUCUUGGUUGUGUACCAAGACUGUAGGCUUGAAUCCUUUUCCACAGGCUUGAGUAUAAAAUUCUGAUGGCUUUCCAAUGCCAUAAUAAUAAGGCGCUACACUAUCUUUUGGAUGAGAACCUAGAGCAAGAUCUUGUCUGUUGUUUUAGUUAAACCUAAAAUAUCCUGUGACAUUGCAAGGAAAGGGCCCUGAUGUCCUCAACCACAGUUGUCCUUCAAUCAGUGCAAUAGAACUAACAGAUUAUGUGCAUUUUAUCACACAGCUCUUUGUGGGAGCUUGAUGUGUGAACAUUGGCUAUCAUAUUUGCACUAUUGCUGAAUGACUACACUUUGAAAUUGACAACUCUGUAGCCAAUCAGAACUGAAGAUGAUUACAUAAAACUUGAUGGCCACACCAGGGACUGAGUACUUUUGUGCACACUAAAUAUCUAACUACACUCAGCUGCUGUGAAAUCACCCUGCUUUUAUUGGGAGACGCUGUCGUACUUUCUUACCUUCCAGCCUUUAGACUGAACAAUUUCUUUGAGAAAGUUGGCUUUUUUUCCUGCUAUCCAAUGGACUGUUUGUCAUGAGUCUUGCCCCCACCAGUUGUUGCCAAGUAGCCAAUACACAAAAUCUGCAUCACCAGUAAUGUGAUUUGGAGUUUCUCAAGAUUGUAGAAGAUACAUUAUAAAAUCAGAGGGAAGGAUCAACAAAAAAAAAGAUAAAUAGGUCCAGGAAUAUCAGGGCUGAAUCUUCAUCUUGGGCAUCAGCACUAACGCCAGGACUUCUCCAAGUAUUUCCAUGGAUAAACGUGGGGCAGGUUCAGCAGUCCCCAUUCAUAUGGAUGCUCAGGGAGAGGAGAUAGUGAAGAAGGCAUGCAGUAUACUUAGCGUCAUUAGGCAAGGCAUCAAAUAUAAUAACAGGAAGAUUAUGAUAGAUCUUCAUCAAACAUUAGUUAGGCCACAUCUGGAGUACUGUGCACCAGUUUGAUCACGACACCACAGGAGGGUUGGGAUCCCUCUCCAGCAGAUGCUGAGGAUAUUUGUUUGGGUGUUGCUUUGGAUGGAGCAUUCCGGAUAUGAGGAGGGCCUAGGUCAGCUAGGUUUGUUCUCCUUGGAAUUGAAUUGAAUUGACUUUAUUUCUUACAUCCUACAGAUACAUGAGGAGUAAAAAUCUUUACGUUACGUCUCCAUCUAAAUGUGUAAGGAGUGAAGGAGGCUUAGGAGAGACCUGGUAGGGGUAUAUAAAAUUAUGAGUGGUAUAGAUAGGGUAGACAGUAGGAACUUUUCUUUAUAACAGAGGUAUCUAAAUCUAGAGCACAGGUUUGGGGGAAUUCAAUUCGAGAGGACUAGAAUAUAAAAGCAAGGAUGUAGUGUUGAGGUUUUAUAAAGCACUAAUGAGGCCUCACUUGGAGUACUGUGAGCAGUUUUGGGCCCUUUAUCUAAGAAAGGAUGUUCUGACGUUGGAGAGGGUUCAAAGGCAGUUCAUCAAAGUGAUGCCGGGAAGGAAAGGCUUGUCAUGUGAUGUGCAUUUGGUGGCUCUGGGCCUCUACUCACUGGAAUUCAGAAGGAUGAGGGGUGACCUCAUUGAAAUCUAUUGAAUGGUGAAUGGUCUCAUUAGAGUGGAUGUGGAGAGGAUGUUUCCUGUGGUGGGGGAGUCAUAUACCAGAGGACACAGCCCCAGAAUAGAGGGUUGUCUGUUUAGAACAGAGGUGAGGAGAAAUUUUUUGAGACAGAGCGUGGUGAAUCUGUGGAAUUCAUUGCUACAUGGGCUGUGACGCCAAGUCAUUAAGUAUAUUUAAGGCAGAGGUUGAUAGGUUCUUGAUUAGUCGGGGCAUAAAGGGAUACACUGAGAAGGCAGGAGAUUGGGGCUGAGAUGAAAAUGGAUCUGCCAUGUUGAAAUGGCAGAGCAGACUUGAUGGGCUGAAUGGCUUAAUUCUGCUCCUAUAUCUUACGGUCUUAUAUGCUUCCAAAUGGGGAUGGUGCAUAGCUUGGAGUGGAGUCUGUAGGUGGUGGUUUCCCCAUGCUCUACUUGACUGUGUCCUUCCUGUGCUGGAGUUUGCAGGUUGGGGAGGAGAAGUCUUGGUGAGUAACUGCAGUGUGUUUUGUAGAGGGUACCCGCUGCAGACGUGAUGUAGAGAAUUUGAAUGUUUGGGAUUGUCGAUGUGGUGUCAACAAAGCAGACUAAUUAAAUCAUACAGCACAGAAAAAAAUGUCCCCUGGCUCAUCAUGUCCAUGCUUCCCAUCAGGCACCCAGCCAUAUUGAUCCCGUUUCCCAACACUCGGAAUGUAACGUACUAUGCCAUGGCAACUUAAGUGCUCAACAGAUUGUUCCUGGAUGUACUUGGCGAGUAACUGGCUCCAUCAUGUCCUCAGGCAAUAUGUUCCAGACUACAAACACACUCUGAGUGAAAAAAUCCUCUCUAAACCUCUUAUUCCUCACCUUAAACCCUCACCCUUUUGCCCUGCACACCUCCUCCAUGGGGAACACUUUUUUACAAUCCACCCUCUUGUCAUUCCUCGCAAUCAGUGCCUCUCAUCAUUUUCUAUACCUUUUGUCAGCUCAUCCUCUGAUCCAAGGAAAAACAAAACCUUUCCAUCCAGCGCCCUUAACGUUCCUCCUCCGGUAACAUCCUGGUGAAUCUCCCCUUCAAUAUCCUGGAAGGUGUCAAGCUCCUCCUCACACUUAAUAUUAAUGGUCAAUUUAUAUUAAUGGUGUGUUUUACCUAUGGUCAAAUAUUUUUAUGUUGUAACUCAUCCCAAGGCUUUAUUACCACCCUUGCCCCAUCCAAAUGCUCAGUCAGCUUGGGAGGCCCAGGAGCAAUAUAUAUCCACAAUCUUGAAGACUCUUGUUUCAGAACCACC